AGCUCGAGACGGGAGGGGAUUUCCACCGAACACUGUUUCCUUUACUUGUUUUGCUUUCGAUCUGGAUACCGAAGUCGGUUUAAUUUGAAGUUUCCCUUUUUGUUAUCGACGCUUACGAAUUAAAAGACAGUCUGUUCGCAUCCUCGGCGACAUUAUUUGCACAUAACCGAGGCCGAAUUUCUACACAUUGCACAGGCCACUAUGCCCGUGGAGAGAAUGCGUAUGCGGCCAUGGCUUGAGGAACAGAUAAACUCAUGUAAAAUACCAGGGUUGAAAUGGGUUAACAGGGAGAAGAGAAUUUUCCAGAUUCCAUGGAUGCAUGCUGCACGGCAUGGCUGGGAUGUGGAGAAAGAUGCUCCUCUUUUCCGAAACUGGGCCAUACAUACUGGCAAGUAUCAGCCAGGGGUGGACAAGCCCGACCCUAAAACAUGGAAAGCAAACUUUCGCUGUGCUAUGAACUCCUUGCCUGACAUUGAGGAGGUGAAAGAUAAGAGCAUCAAAAAAGGAACAAACGCCUUCAGAGUUUACAAGAUGCUGUCAGCGUCAGAGAGACAGUCAAAGAGAGGAAAGAAGAGGUUAGAUAAGGAAGUAAAGAUAAAGGAGGAGCAGCAAUGCCCAGUGUCCUCUGCCUGGGAGAGCACCAAUGGCUCUGCAAUGAACAUGGGAGCAGGAGCAGUCACAGUCAAACAGGAAGCAGACCAACCAGCAGCCACAGAAGUUGGUGGCCGUAGCCCCUUGGAAGACCACCUGAUCAUCCCGGAGGUGUGUCAGACAAUCGAGGUGAUGACGGAGAACGAGGAGCAGGCAGUGAGCUCCAGCCACCCCUACCCUCUCCAGAUCUCUCCAGUGUCCUCAUACGGAGAGAGCGAUACUGACAGUGUGCAGAGUGAAGAAGACUCCAAAGAGCAUGUGCAAUCAGGUGUAUGGGGAAUGAAUGCUGUGGAUACAAAGCCAGUCAUGGGCAGCUCUGUGAUGCGAACCUCCUUGCCCAGCAUGUCCACAUUCAUCACCCCGACCAAGCCUAACUUUAGGAUCACUGCUGUCCAGGACCCCUCUCCUCUUUCCCUUCACGGCACCCACAGCAGUGUGGGAGCAUGGAGUAUCCUGAACCCUUCGACUCAUCCUCCUUCACACCCUCCAGGGCCCUCCAGCCAACCCCCAAGCCAUGAGAAACGAGCCAGCGUCAUCAUGAAGACCUCAGACGUCUCCAAAUCUGUCAAGAGCUGCUGAGGAAGGCUGUUGGAACCAUUUCCUGAGCCUGAGGUUGCCUGGCUUCGGCGGAGGCUAUACUGGACUUUAAGACAUAGCAGAGACCUGGGCGACUUAAUUAAGUUGCCGCCAAAUGAGGAUCUCACAGCGGACAUAAACUGUCAUAAAGGAUGUCGAGCUGGUUGAGUAGUUAGUGAGGAUAAUUGUCCUAAUACAGGGCAAAGUGCAUUGUACAAUGCAAUUCUAGGCCUUAAAUUCAGGGAGAAGUCCAGUACAGUACAGUACAAUGACUCGGAUCUCAAAACUGCCAUUAUCAUGAGGUGUUUGCAUCUCUUGUGGAAUCUGUAUAUAGAGGAGAGUCAGUGGCAUCAGCUUUAGCACCUUAUAGAAAAGCACUGAAUGAGAUCAUCUGUGGCCUUUUUUUACUUUCUCCGCAGCAUGUUGACUGUGGAAUACACUUCUGUGAGAGGAUUUUUUAACCUGUGGCUCAGCAACCAAAGACUGCACUUGACAACACGAUAUCUGAACUCAAAACCAGUCAUAGGCCAAUAUAUUGGCGGGUCUAAAGGGAAUUUUAUUUUAAAGAUUUUUUAUUGUUAUUUUUCUCCCUAAAAGUUUUGAUUUGUGAUUAGUGGAUGUGAACAACCAAAAGCACUUAUUUUAUGUUUUUCAUAAAAGAAAGUACAUGAAUAUUAUGCUUUCUACUGUAUGUGUGAACAUAAAUGUACAUUUAAACAAAUUUUGCUUCAUAGUGCUGCGAAAAAGUAUUUGCCCCAGGAUGAUUCUCUGCAUUUUUUGGCGUAUUUGUAGAGACAAUUUAACCAGCAUUUAUUGUUAGCCUUGACCACAAAGACAAAAACUAAAUAAUUACUUCUUUAAUUUAUGCAGCCAAAAAAGUAAUUGCCCCUUCAUGCCACCCUCAGCAGCAAUGGCAACAACAGCAAAUGCUUUUGGCAUUUACAGGGCUCAGGGAAAACUGGGGGACGUUUGGCCUUUUCUUUCAUGUGUGACUGUUUUAAUGUUUUUAACUGUUUGCAACUUUUGGGGUUCAUGCCACUGAAUCAGAGCAGGUUUUUAAAAAACUGCAUGUUUUGUUUCAUUUCUUUUAUGGACCAUUCUAGUGUGCACAUGUAUGCUUUGGGUCAGUUUCCUGUUGUGUGACUGCUUUUUCUGCAGCUCACAGGCUUUGUAGUCUCCUGCCAAAUUCUUUAUAGCUGAGCAGAAAGUCAUAAUACAGCAGGAAAAGCAGCUCCAGAAACAAUGACAUUUCUGCCAUUAUGCUUCAACGUUGACCAUUUUUACUGUUGAGGAGAACCUAUUUUUGUCCUCUGUCCAAAAGACAUUGUUGAGGAUCAUGUGGGUGCUUCUGGGCAAACUUGAGACUUAAAUUCCAUUUUUUUGCUCGGCGUCUUUUUUUUUUUUUUUAAAUCAAAUCUAGGAGAGUUAUAAAUAAUCACUUUUUGUGUUUUUUAUGUAUGAUUUUGCCAAGUCUGACACUCCUGGAAAUUUUAGUACUGUUCCGAAUGCGUGUCUGGCUACACACCUAAAAAGAUGGUUCUUCAAGAGUUCCUUAGUAAAGGUAAUGGCUCUAUUUAGAACCAGAAGUUAUCUAUAAAUCCAUUUCAUGCUUGUAUUUUUCUUUGCCUAGUGUAAUUGUUCUUUAGAUUGAAGACGAAUGUGUUUUAUAUGGUUCUAUAUAGAACCUUUUGUGAAAAUGCUUGACAUUGUAACACCAGAAGAACCUUUUUUUUUGGUUCUAAAUGGAACUAUUACCUUUACUAAGGAACGUUACUUGAACAACCAUCUUUUUUAAGAGUGUGGGCAGCACUGGAGCCACAUUGCCUCGGAAGUGACUGUUCUUACUGAUUGGCAUAAGCAACUUUUCAUGAAGCCAUUAUGUAUUAAAUGAAUACAGAGCCAAGACUGAAUCUCAAGAGAAAUUAUUAUCACAGGACGUGCAAAUUGUGCUUUGAAUCGGGUUGAGUUGAAUGAAGGUGGCAAUUACUUUUUCAUGCCAAAUGAUCACGUAUGCAAUUUUACUGCACCUGAAAAAAAAAAAACAACUCACAAAGCUGUUGUGUCAUUUUUUUCUACUUACUGCAAAAAUCACUAAACAUAUUCGGUGCAGGAUUGUGUACAUGCAGAAAAUCAGACAGGUGGCAAGAACUUUUGCACAUUACUGCAUGUCUGUGGCUGUGUAUGGAAGCUUGUGUUCACCUAAGUGAAUGUGUCUCUAAACACAUUCAUUUGCUCCUCAAUCCUGUGGAUCACUGAAUAUCUAAUCUAUAAGAUCAUGUUAUGUAAAGAAAUGAUCUCCUGACAAUAAAUGUUAAACACUGCUUGUUUCAGAA